UAUUCACCAUGCUUGGCCCGGCCAUAUGGGAAAAUGCAACUGAAGGAAUUGUUGUGAAAAACAGGGACAGCGAGUUUGAAAUAAAAGUUGUUAGAGUGGUACUGAGGAGAAAAAAGAAUACAAGACCAUGUAUUGCGCAUACACAAUUCCUGGCAUGGGAGGAAACUCUUUGAUGUACUCACUAUAAUGGGGAAAGCGGUUUAUGCCCCGUCAGCAAGCACUGCCGACUACAAUAGGGACUCACCAGGUUAUCCAUCUUCAAAACCAGCAGCCAGCACUUUUCCUAGCUCCUUCUUCAUGCAAGAUGGCCAUCACAGCAGUGACCCUUGGAGCUCCUCCAGUGGGAUGAAUCAGCCUGGCUACGGAGGAAUGUUGGGCAAUUCUUCUCAUAUUCCACAGUCUAGCAGCUACUGCAGCUUGCAUCCACAUGAACGUUUGAGUUAUCCUUCACACUCCUCAGCAGACAUCAAUUCUAGUCUUCCUCCGAUGUCCACUUUCCAUCGUAGUGGUACAAACCAUUACAGCGCCUCUUCCUGCACACCGCCUGCUAAUGGAACAGACAGUAUAAUGGCAAAUAGAGGAAGUGGUGCAGCAGGCAGUUCACAGACUGGUGAUGCUCUGGGGAAAGCACUUGCUUCGAUCUAUUCUCCGGAUCACACUAACAACAGCUUUUCAUCAAAUCCUUCGACUCCUGUUGGCUCUCCUCCUUCUCUCUCAGCAGGCACAGCUGUUUGGUCUAGAAAUGGAGGACAGGCAUCAUCAUCUCCUAAUUAUGAAGGACCAUUACAUUCUUUGCAAAGCCGGAUUGAAGAUCGCUUAGAAAGACUGGAUGAUGCUAUUCAUGUUCUCCGGAACCAUGCAGUUGGGCCUUCAACAGCUAUGUCUAGUGGUCAUAGUGAUAUGCACGGAUUAAUAGGACCUUCUCAUAAUGGUGCCAUGGGCGGUCUCGGAUCAGGAUAUGGGACAGGUCUUCUUUCAGCCAACAGGCAUUCACUCAUGGUCGGUGCCCAUCGCGAAGAUGGUGUGGCUCUAAGAGGCAGCCAUUCUCUUGUGCCAAACCAGGUUCCAGUCCCACAACUUCCGGUUCAGUCAGCCACAUCCCCGGAUUUGAACCCUCCCCAAGAUCCUUACAGGGGUAUGCCAGCUGGAUUGCAGGGACAGAGUGUAUCCUCAGGUAGCUCUGAGAUCAAAUCCGAUGACGAGGGAGAUGAAAACCUGCAAGACACGAAAUCUUCUGAGGACAAGAAAUUAGAUGACGACAAGAAGGAUAUCAAAUCAAUUACUAGGUCAAGAUCUAGCAAUAAUGAUGAUGAAGACCUUACACCAGAGCAGAAAGCAGAGCGUGAAAAAGAAAGGAGGAUGGCCAACAAUGCCCGUGAGCGCCUGCGUGUGCGUGAUAUUAAUGAGGCUUUCAAGGAGUUGGGCCGCAUGGUGCAGCUCCAUCUGAAGAGUGACAAGCCCCAGACAAAGCUCCUGAUCCUCCACCAGGCUGUGGCCGUCAUUCUCAGUUUAGAGCAGCAAGUGCGAGAAAGGAAUCUGAAUCCUAAAGCCGCAUGCCUGAAAAGAAGGGAAGAAGAAAAAGUAUCUUCAGAGCCUCCUCCACUCUCGUUGGCGGGACCUCACCCUGGAAUGGGAGAUGCAUCGAAUCAUAUGGGACAGAUGUGAAAUGGUCCAAGUUGCCACAUUUCUUCAUUAAAACAAGAGACCACUUCCUUAACAGCUGUAUUAUCUUAAACCCACAUAAACACUUCUCCUUAAUCCCCUUUUUUUGUAAUAUAAGACAAGUCUGAGUAGUUAUGAAUCACAGACGCAAGAGAUUUCAGCAUUCCCAAUUAUCAAAAAACAAAAAACAAAAAAAAGUGCAACUUGAGGGACAACUCUCUUUAACAUAUCAUUCAGAAUGUUUAAAGCAGAAUGUUGCGAGCUGUGGCACGCAGCCCAGAGACUGAAUGGCAAUCUUCUCCACACUGUGGAACAAUGCAUUUGUGCCUAAACUUCUUUUGGAAAAAAAAAAUAUAAUUAAUUUGUAAGUCUGAAAAAAAUAUUUAAUUUAAAAAUUGUAAACUUGCAAUAAUGAAAAAGUGUACUUCUGAAGAAAACUACAUGAACGUUUUUGUUGGUGUUGUAGUCAGCUAGUGUUUAUACUUACUGGAUAUUGAAGGGGGAGCUUUGCUGCCCUAGUUACAAAACCAGCAAACGUCCUAAUGAAAAUGAAGUGAUGACAUUAGCCAUUCCUUAGGGUAGGAGGAACAGAUGGAUCUUAUAGACCUAUGACAAAUAUAUAUAUAUAAAUAUAUAUAUAAAUAUAUAUUAAAAAUUUAGUGAAUAUGGUAAGCUUUUGUUCAUUUGUUUCAGACUUUUUUCUCCUGUAAAAAAAUAGUACUGAUUAACUUUUUUAAAAAAAAAGAUUUUACUGUAAAUACGGAUUUUUUUGUCUUAUUUCUGUCCCUCUCCCCUGGUUUGUUAUUGUAACCUGUAGUGCCAACUCUGUCUCUGGAGG